UUAUAGUGCACCCAAGCCAAAUCCAUUUUCACUUUCGUACAAGUAGCGAGUUUCGAAGCAUUUACAAAUCAAUAUUUAUUUCUUCGCGUGGUCUAAGAUGAAAGUAAGCACGGUUUCAAUUGUCAUGGCAAUCAUUUGCAUCCUGUCAUCUUGGCCGAGCGCAGAGAGCGGCGAUACUAUUGCAAUUGCCGCCAACAAUUCUACUGCAAUUGCUGUCAACGAGGGCUCAGAUGCUACAGGCCCAAAAGUGGUCGUACCAAAUCCAAGUAAACCACAACCAAGUACACCACAACUAAGUACACCACAAAUAAGUACACCACAACCAAGUACACCACAACUGAGUACACCACAACUGAGUACACCACAACCAAGUACACCAUCAAACGCGGGCAGUUCGAGUGGAAAUAAUGGCGAAAACCCGGAAUCGGACAAAAUUAAAACAACAACCAUGAGCGAUAGUGAGUGGAGAGAGGAGUUUGAAAGAAGACAAGAUGAAAUAUAUGAAGAGAUGAAGAGAAAUGAGGCAGACAGAGACAUCAGUACUUUGAUGAAGCGUAUCCAACAAGCUCUGCAAAGGGGUCUAUGUGAGUCCAAGAUAGCAGAACUAAAUGUCGCCAUGAAAAUAUUAAUGAAAGCUAGUGGCAACUAUGACUCGAGUGUUAAGAGAGCUGCCUACAACGAAGCGCUUGAUAUACUCACCAGAGUCUUGAAUGGGUGAAGUGCCAGCUUAAACGAGAGUUACAUAUAUAUAACACACUAUAACUGAUGAUAUAAACAAUUUAUGUUAUAAGAGAUACCUUACAUUCUAUGAUAUGUUAUAAAAUCCGAUCCACAUUUUGAAACCAUGGCAGCCAUAUCUCCAGUUUUUGUGCGAUAAAUAUAAAUCUAUUGAGCA